ACUUUUGCGCAGCUCCACGCCCACUCGACCACGGUCGGGCAGCGCUCACUUUUCACUGAUGGACGUCGGCUGAGGGCGUGACCGCCUCGCUUCAUUCAUCAUGAGCUCAUCUACCGUUUCUGUGUCGGCUGCGACGCCGACGCAACAUUCUUUCCAGAGAAAGGUUGAUGAAAUUAAGCCGUCGAAGAUGGACAUCAACUUUGUCAUCAUGGACUACCUGGUCAGCGAAGGAUACCCUCGGGCUGCUGAAAAGUUCGCCAAGGAAGCCAACAUCCAGCUGCCUCUUGAAGAGGAAUCCAUCCAGUCCCGCGUAGAAAUACGACAGGCGAUUGAUGCUGGCGACAUCGAUACCGCUAUCACUAGGGUCAACGAUCUGAACCCCCAGAUCCUUGACACAGACCCCGCUUUGCAUUUCGCAUUGCUCCGUCUACAGCUCAUAGAGCUCAUCCGAGCAUGCACCUCGUCCGCCUCCUCCGACAUCACGCCCGCUCUCAACUUUGCCUCGUCACAGCUAGCUCCUCGAGCAGCGACAAACCCUGAUUUCUUGAAGGAUCUCGAGCUCACCAUGUCGCUACUCAUCUUCCUCCCCGCGACUGGCUCCUUACAAAAGGAGCUGACUGACCUGCUCGAUCCUUCGCUGCGACGAAAUGUCGCUAGCAAGGUCAACGAGGCCAUACUCACUAGUAUGGGUGCUCGAGGCGAAGCACGGAUGCGUAGUCUGGUUCGGCUUCGGCAUUGGGCCGAAGCCAAAGCACGUGCUGCGGGCAAGGACAUCCCACCUGUGUUGCCCUUUGGUCUCCAGGACGCCGAAGACAGGCCACUGGACAGCAAUGGUAGCAACGGUGAGGCAGUCGAUGUCAUGGUGCAAUAG